CUAAAAACUGUGAUUAAUCUAGUGGAAUGUACCAUCCACAAACAUCAAAAACCUCUAAUCUCUGAAGUAAUUGUAUGGUGUAGGUAUGGUGGAGAUAUACUCUGUUUGUGGGAAGUGGAAACAAAAUGAAAAGCUUCAGUGGGUUUUCUUAGUAGACACAGAGAAAGGUGGAUCCCUUUGUGAGGAACUUCAUCGAUCAACUGGAAGUGACAUCUCAGUUUCUGUACCACCAAGUGAUACAUAUUCAACAGCUGAAAAAGGACAAGGAAAUUAUUUAUUAUUUUUGCCUCCUGCUCGAGAUUCUACUGUGAUUGCUAUAGGAAUUUCACAUUCAACGGCUGCACUUGAAAAUCAGAAGGAACCUCAUCCUUCAGUUGGAACUUCUUUUAUCUCUGCUGCACAUGAAAACCAGAAGGAACCUCAUCCUUCAGUUGGAACUUCUUCUAUCUCUGCUGCACAUGAAAACCAAAAGGAACCUCAUCCAUCAGUCGGAACUUCUUCCUUCUCUUUGCCAUAUAGUGAUACAUGUUCAACGGCUGAAAAGGAAAGAGGCAAUAAGUCAUUGGAUUUGAUUCCUGCUCCAGAUCGUAGUCCGAUUCCUAUAGGCGGUGUACACUCAACACGAGGUCCUGAUGAUAUAUAUGUUAAUAAAUAUUUCAUGAACAAGGCUGAGUUAAUGCAGAAGAUGAGGACAUGGGCGUUGGAGUAUAAGUUUGAGUUUAGGUCUCGAUGGUCUAACAAAGAUAGAGUGGUUUUGGUAUGUGUAGAUGAUAAAUGUACUUGGAGGAUGCGUGCAAUAAGGGUAGUCUCUUAUGAUUUCUUUGUGGUGAAGAAGUAUUGCCAUGAGCACACAUGUGACACUACACACAGAAAUGCAAAUCAUAGGCAAGCUACUGCGAAGUUGCUAGGGACUUUUUACUGCAGCCACUAUGGAGAAAAGAAAGAAGGAUUAAGACCAAAACAACUAAUGGAGCUAGUCAGGAGAGAUCAUGGAGUACACUUGCCAUGUUUGCUUAGUAUCAUCCCUGAUGCAGCUGAUUUGGUAUUUGUUUCUGAUCGUGCUCCAACCAUUGCAAAAGCACUUUCAGAUUUGUAUCCGCUUUCCCAUCAUGGAAUCUGCACGUAUCAUCUUGGGAACAACAUCAAAACAAAGUUUGGUAGUCAAAGUUUUUUGCCACUUGUUGAAGCUGCAGCAAAGGCCUAUACUUAUCAAGCAUUUGCAGAGGUUUUCAACGACAUACGAAUUUCUAAUUCAAAUUUGGCUGCAUAUUUAGAAGAGGCUGAUUUGAGGAAGUGGGCUCGAUGUUUUGCUCCGUCACACCGCUACAAUAUAAUGACAACAAAUAUUGCAGAAUCGUUGAAUUCCAUGUUAAAAGAACCUCGGGAACUUCCAGUGCUUUCUCUUCUUGAGACUAUGAGGUUAACCUUAACCACCUGGUUUCAUGAACGUCGGGAAAAAGCUGCAAAACACAACAAGCGCCUUACUCCUAAUGUUACAAAGGAGAUGGUCUUAAGGUUUAGGGAGGCAAUGACACUCGACGUUUCCCGGGUUGAUCAAUUUGAGUUUGAAGUCAAAGACAAACACAAUAAAUUUGUUGUCCAUCUAAGGAAUAAAAAUUGCACUUGCUGCGUUUUUGACAUCGACAAAAUCCCUUGCAUUCAUGCAAUUGCUGCUUCGAAGCGAACAAACAUGUAUGAAAACAAACUAGCAGAUGAUUUCUACUUGACAGAUACAUGGGCUAAAGCAUAUGCUGAGAGCAUACAUCCGAGUGGAGAUGCAAAGAAUUGGGUUUUUCCUGAUUCUAUAACUGGUUUUUUCUGUGCACCACCAGAAACUAGGGUAAGCAGUGGUAGACCGCCGAAGAAGAGAUUUCGAUCUGCUGGAGAGUUUGGUGUACCAGGUUCAAAAUCUCAGAGACACAAAUGUGGUAGAUGUGGUAAAGAAGGGCAUAAUAAGACUACAUGCAGAUCCAAAAUAUGAUAAAUUUAUCGACUGAAUUGUCUUUAUCCCUUCUGUGUUUGUCCAGGAAAAAAUUAAAGACGUAAUCUUCAAAUUUAUUUUAGGACUUCUUUUCAGUAUUUUAGGAAGGCCUUCCCGAAACUACGAUUUUCAGGCAUUCGAUUUUUGUUCGAUCAUGUAAUGAUUUGAAUGAUAUCUUCAUAUGUAGUAGUAAUGUUAUUUGUUUGAAAUAAAAGCUAUGACUUACU